AUGGUGUCUCCACCGCGUUCUGUCUGUCCAUUCGCCGGGUGGUGGUGUUUUGGUAGUUUGGGCCCUGAGACAGGUCUGAAGCAGAUGCAGGGCCAGGCUUGUCCUCGAGCUGUCGCUGUCGUGGGCACAGACCCGGCCUCCCCACCUUCUGGGGCCUCAGAGCCCAGCGGCCUCCCUUCCUUCCGUGGCCUCGCUUCCCUGACGACCACGGGGAGAGGCCUGUCCUCCUGCUGCGAGUCGUGGUGGCUGCCGGCCCUGCGGGUGUGUGAACGUCAGUGGUGUCCCUCUGUCGAGUGCCCGGUGGCCACCUGCGUCUUCACCCGAAGCGCUUCCAGCCCCCGCACAGGCUUCUCCCCAGCAGAGGGUAUUUGGGCUGCCCCAGAUGUGACGGGACAGUACCCAGGCGACCAGCAGAUGCGAACUUCUCUGGAUGUGACGGGACAGUACCCAGGCGACCAGCAGAUGAGGGCCCAGUCCCUGCAGGGGGACAUCAUGCUCUGGAAGGGCGACGGUCAGCAAAAGAGGACAACUUCCAACAGAUGGGCUGACGCAGCGGCUGCAGCAGCAGGUCCAACAGAGCACCAUGCGGGUGUGGCCAGGAGUGGACAGGGUGUCGCGCUCUCGCACAUGGAGUCACGAAGCGUCAGAAGUGACCUGAUGGCCCUGGACCUCAGCAACAGGGCUCACGACCUGUGCCACCUAAUCUCCCCAACACCCACUGGGUGCCAGGAACGGAGGGCCGAGGUGAGCGACCUUCAGGAAGAAGGAAAGAAUGCCAUCAACUCACCGCUGUCCCCCGCCUCCGUGGACAUUCACCCAGAAGAUACGCUGUUAGAGGAGAAUGAGGAGCGUACCAUGAUCAGCCCCACCUCCAAGGAAGACCCCAAGUUCAAGGAGCUGGUCAAGGUCCUCAUUGACUGGGUCAACGAUGUCCUUGUGGAGGAGAGGAUCAUCGUGAAGCAGCUGGAAGAAGACCUGUACGACGGCCAGGUGCUGCAGAAGCUCUUAGAGAAGCUGGCGGACUGCAAGCUGAACGUGGCCGAGGUGACCCAGUCUGAGAUCGGGCAGAAGCAGAAGCUACAGACGGUGCUGGAGGCGGUUCAUGACCUGCUGCGCCCCCACGGCUGGGUGCUCCGCUGGACGGUGGAUGCCAUCCACGGGAAGAACCUGGUGGCCAUCCUACACCUCCUGGUCUCGCUGGCCGUGCACUUCCGGGCCCCCAUCCGGCUUCCAGAACACGUCUCUGUGCAGGUGGUGGUUGUGAGGAAACGGGAAGGCCUCCUGCACUCCAACCACAUCACGGAGGAAUUGACCACGACCUCGGAGAUGAUGAUGGGGCGCUUUGAGCGGGAUGCCUUUGAUACCCUCUUCGACCAUGCACCGGACAAGCUCAGUGUGGUGAAGAAGUCUCUCAUCACGUUUGUGAACAAGCAUCUCAACAAGCUGAACCUGGAAGUGACGGAACUGGAGAGCCAGUUUGCAGAUGGCGUGUACCUGGUUCUGCUCAUGGGCCUUCUGGAAGACUACUUUGUCCCGCUCCACAACUUCUACCUGACGCCAGACAGCUUCGACCAGAAGGUCCACAACGUGGCGUUCGCCUUUGAGCUGAUGCUGGACGGAGGCCUCAAGAAGCCAAAGGCCCGCCCAGAAGAUGUAGUGAACCUGGAUCUCAAGUCCACCCUGAGGGUCCUGUACAACCUGUUCACCAAGUACAAGAACGUCGAGUGA